AUGCUAUUCUCGGCAUGUCAGCGACAUCAGAAUAUGAACCAUCGGUCCGGCAAAACUUACAAAAUGAGGACAUUUGAUAAUGGUUACGGGCCGACCACCUCCAGUGAUAACAUUUACGAGCAUGUGUUGGAUCACAAAUUAAUUGAUACAAUGGAUAUAUCUAGCGUAAGAACCCCAGUAUUGAGGGCCGUCACUCUGUCUCCCACACAGGACCCCGAACCUGAUUCCACUAACCCCGAAAGCAUAAUACAAUCUAUACAUAAAGAUAAAAAAGAUAUCGAAUAUCACAUCACUAAGAGGUGUGAAACUGAAAUGUCAAUAGACCCCCUUCCUAGGAUUGUAAGCAUCGAAGAAACUACUUAUGAUAAUGUGGGACAUAUAGCUUACCAUAGCAUACAAGAGACGGACGAUGUAGGCAAUGGUAACUAUGUAGAGAACGCAACACUCAUACCUGCCCCUCUGAAUGCUGCUAUUGUCCAAAAUGUGACAAAACUACCCCAAAACUUUACAAUUAAUGUAGAUGCAACCGUUGGUAAUAUUACAGCCAUACAGAAUGUGUCUCAAGAUGUAACAGGUAACCAAACAUUAUGGUUACCUACAAUCCUCGCUACAAGUGCUGCUACGGAUAGUAAAAGUGAAGAGGACAGGCCUCCGGGAGUAUCGCAAAUAAUCAUUACAAGUGAGAGCUACGUUAAUGAUGUGAGUCACAGCGGACGCAGAACUAACAUCAUUACCGAAACAAACUAUAUAAGUCGACCGAAGACAUCUAAAGUACAGAUCCUAAGUAAUAUAUCGCUGCCUAAAAAUUCUAACUACUCCCAACAGUAUAUAGCCCAAGGCAAGGAGGUUAACACUCCUGUAUAUGGAACACAAAAUCAUGUGUAUAAAUUGAAUACUAAUGUUGUAUCACAGAAACAUUUAAACAGUACUAUGCUAAGCACAAAACCUCCGAAAAGCCAAUCUCUAAUAGGUGCUACUCUAUCUCCGAGUGUUAUAAAUAAUAGUCCAAUUAAAAAUGUGCCAUAUGGUCACACAUACUCCAAAAGCACAAACUUAAAUAAGGUAAACAAUGGUGCUAAUGUGAACGCUAUAACUGCAACCACCGGUAACACUCAAUGCCACAUUUUAUCCAGAGUUGUAUCUGGACCUAACAAGAUAUCGGUACAUUCUGGCCGCAAGUCUGUAAAUACGUUUAAAGGAUCUAAAAACUCAGCGGCCAGUCAGAAGAAUCAGUCUAGAUCUAUAAAAAUCAUUCAGCAGACUGGCAGCGCCCAUAAGUCUGAAAAUAAAUCGUGGUCCGCGAAUAACGCGACCUAUAAGAAUCAAGGUACAAGUUACGGGGUUAUAGAAUCUAAUACUUCCAAAGUUAUACAGAAAGUUGGAAGUCCCACACAUAAAAACCAGCAAACCAUGACUUUACAGAAGGUUCCUAAAGGCGAGCGUCUAGUGUUGCAGUCGCCUUGUGGGCCGGUCCUGUUGUCCACGGCUCCUUUGAGUAGUAGUUUGCCCAAAGGCCCGCACUACAUUCAGUCAGGGUCUACUCCCAACCUCCGAUAUGUUCAAACCUACGGUCCCGACAACCAGCUCUCUACAGUUUCCCAAGUGUCAGCCAACCAACAGUUGACUGCACAGAUUUUACAGUCGCUGUCUCAGCCAAAACUCAUAUUACAAAGUCCUACACAGAUUCAACCAGUGAAAAAUAAUGUAAUACAACCACCCCUUGUAGAGGAACCAGCAGAUAUAAAACCUGUUAAUCAAAAGAGGAUUGUAUUUGGUGACAAAUCUACACUUCUGACAGCCGAUGAUAUUAUUGGUAUGGAGGAGAGGCCGAAUUUGUCGGAGGAAUUGCGUCGUUACUCAUAUCAGCCGCUAGCAUUUGUGAUGCUGGAUCAUACAUAUGCCCUGCCAGCUCAAAAACAACCGACGGUCAGCACUCCAACAACAACAAUCUCAUCGGUGUCACCAGUGAUCUCAUCGCCGCCGACAACAACAGCGCCGAUGAGUCCCAUGAAGUCAUCGCCGAUCACGACAGCGUCCCAAGAAGCUGCAGCGCCUAUACCGACCAGCGCUAUCGUAGCUCCGACGACAACAGCGCAGUCGUCCCUCACAUACAAGUCUUCCACUCAAGAUGACGACACGGCAUCUGUGAUAUCUUCUAUAGAGGGUGAGAGGCGACCUCCCGCCCCGGGCGGCAGUGACACGGAGACCGCUCCCGAAGGAGAGGAGGAGGGGAAGACGAGGUGCAUCUGUGACUUCACCCACGACGACGGAUACAUGAUAUGCUGCGACCGGUGCGGCGAGUGGCAGCACGUGGACUGUAUGGGCAUCGACAGGAACAAUAUACCCGACGCGUACAUGUGUGAACUGUGUCAACCGAGGACGAUAGACCGGCGACACGCUAGAGCCAUCCAGCUGAGGAAGAGGGAGGAGCUGAGCGCGCUGGGAGCCUCGGAUUCUGACUCAUCUGAAUGUAGUCGACCUCCGGGACAGAGAAGGAAACGUUUACUGACCGUCACCACGUACACUAACACCAGCGGCUCCUGUGUCACCACAUAUAACUCUAACUUGCCUGUAUUGCCGCCUUUACCUCAACCCACCGUGUCGCCUCUGCCGAAACGAGGCCCGAAACGUCCCAAGAAAGCCGAGGUUGUGAGGAAAUGUACGAAGAGGAAACUGACGGAGAAGAGAGUUAAGAGGAAGAAGGAGAUGCUAUUGAACAGGAGCAAGUAUAACAACACCAUACCAUCGAGCCAAUCACACUGGCGGGACCUGUACGAACUGGCUAUGACGAAUCACUAUAGUCCGGAAUUAAGAGCUAAAAUAAUGAAAUACAGCAGCAAACUUGGAAGCACGCCGAACAUGGCUUCGGCUAUUACAGCGCAUUUAUGUACCACCGUGCCACAUGCGGGAGGAAAAAUUCUCAUCGCUACAAAAGAACUGAAAGACAAUACACCCGUUAUAGAAUUGCGAGGCAAGUAUAUGCUUUCGAAUCAACACAGACCUCAACUGCAAAAUACUGCUCGAGCGGGAAGCCAAAAACCUGGUCCCUUUGUGUUCUUCUACAGGUUACCGAAAGACAAUACGCAGAUAUGUAUCGACACUCGGACCUAUGGGAACGAGGCGAGGUUCGUCCGUAGAUCAUGUAAGCCGAAUGCUGAGUUGCAGCACUGCAUAGUCAAAGGAGCGUUGCACGUGUAUUUGGUAUCCAUUACUGAUAUACCGUCGAAUACUGAAAUAACAGUCGGUCAUGACACUAACGGCAGUAAACAGCCGUGCGCUUGCGGGAAUCCCAAGCACUGUAAGGUGAACGGACUCAGUGUGAUGGUGCCUCGCAAAAGCUUGGACUACCCUCAGAGAGAGAAAAGUAAAAGGAGCCGAUGCUAUAGUUCCUCAUCACCGGUAUCUCCGCCACCGGCUCCGGUUGUGCCCACAGUGAAAGAUAUUCCAGCGCCAUUUUCACCAAAAUGUGAGAAGAAGUCUCCUCUCAAAUAUGAGUAUCCACCGAUGUCCCCAGUCAAAGAACCGCCUGUAUUAUCGUUAGACUAUAAUCCGGCGACGUUGAAGUUCGACCUGUUCCAAGAUUUCAAACAGGAAAAUCAAGAGUUCGAUCUCACCGCCAAAGAAGAGAUGAAGUCUGAUUUGGACGAGCCAGAUUUUAUUAAGAUCGAGCCAAAAGUCGAAGAACCCAUACCUGAACCGGAAGAGGAACCCGAACCGGAAACGAUUCCAGUUCCGGCCGAACCUGAGCCUGAACCUGUUACUGAAGAAAGCUUGGAAACCAAAGAGGAAAUGCUGCUGUCGCCGCCACCGCCUCCACCGCCGCCGGAGGAACCAGAACAAGAACCGGAGCCGGAACCAGAACUAGAUCCUGAGCCAGAACCGGAACCGGAAGUCGAUAGAAAAGACGAGGAACAGUCGACAGAGUUUAAAAGCGAAGCUGAGAGGCCAGUCACUAGGGAAUUGGCAGCUAAGUCGGCGUGUCACGAUAGGUCGGCACGAUCUAGCCGGACCACGUGCGUCAACCAAGAAUCAUUGGACUAUAAGACAGACGACUCACAAGAUAAACUGCCCACCAAGACGAGCAAAGACAAGGACAAACGGAAAAUGACUCGGGAGGAACGCAAGAUGGAAGCGAUCAUGAAGGCUUUCGAGAGAUUGGAAAAGGCACAGCAGCGGAAACAGGAAGUGAAGGAGAGGCAGAAGAGAAGAGAGUCAGACCCUCACCCUCACACUGAGAAGGAGGAAGAAGAUGACUUGAACCUCUCCAAGAAGAGAAAGAAACGUAAAGGACGUGCCCGGACCGCGUCCCAGUCGAAUAGACGUAGAUUAAACUCCGCUGAUAGUGAUAUGGUGACGUCGGGAGACGAGGCGCAGGCUAUGUCGCCUCGAGCGCCCUCCAGACAAGACCAGGCUCUACCAUCCACAGAGACUGAUAGACCGCACGAAGCCGCUGAGGAUCUCGGCCUCAGUCCCGCGUGUCUGUUGGUGGAGGCGGCUGUGGGUUCAGUGGAAUCGGCCUUCAAACUUCCGAAGACGAAGAAGACUAUGGCGACCGAGUGGAUCGGGAGGUCGCCCGAGAGGACGCCGUCGCCGUACACAUCGCCAUACAGACCGGCCUUAGUGUCCGCGCCCUCGCUGGAGAGUUUGGUCCGAGUGGCGUCCACUAUGAUAGGAGACCUCAGCGGGACCCCGGACUACCACGAAGAGCAGUCGCCGCCGCGGACCCCCGGCAGGGAUAGGAACAGACCGCCCAAGAAGGCGAGAAGGAUUACAAGGAGCAACCCCGCGGAAAUCACUGAAGCGAUCCCCGUACAACACAGCGCCAAGAAGAGGUGGCUGAGACAAGCCAUCAGCGAAGAAAGCGACUCACCCAAUGUCGAAACAUUCGUUCCAGAAUCCCCGCCAAAUGAAAUGGUCACGCCCUUGAAAAAGAGGCGCAUGGCGAGAGAAUCUCUCUCAUGCGAACAGAACCCCAUCGUGCCUUGCAAUGAUGAGACGUCACCGAUACUAACAUCGGAGGACUCCCCCGUGAAGGACGACUCGUUAUGUUUAGCGCGUCAGUACAAGAGGAACAUGAUGGACAUGUACAGCCGGGACAGGACGCGCUCCGACAGCGGGCAGGGCUCCGACGACCAGUGUAACAUAGACCACGACGUGCUCAACGUGAACAUACAGGGCGCGCACGACACGGAACACAUACGACGGAUCAUAGGGGUCCCCACGAGCGAGGACGACCCGCCGCCCGCCGACACACUCAACAACAACAACCUGGAGCACGAGGACCGCCUGUACGACAAGGACGUGCCCAUGGACAUAGACAACACGGUCAUCACGCACACCAAGAUAGAGGCCGGCGACCUGCUCACACACAGCCCCACGGACAAGGCGAACAGCUCGCAGUCCGCGGACACCAGCGGGAACUCGUCGCCGCAGAGGGACGAGAUGGACGACAUACAGAAGAAGAUACACUCGUUCCACACGGAGAACAUCAUGAUACUGAAGAGCAGGAACAAGAAGACGCCCAAGGAGAAGAGGAAGAAGGUCAACCUGAACUUCGACCUCAACAUGGUGGACGACCGGGUCAGCAUACAGCUGCGGACCGACGACGACUCCAGCUCCAAGUCCUCGGAGAUGAACGGGGACGAGCCCGACGACAAGCUGCACGUGGCGCCCGAGAACAUCCCGCUGCCGCCCGUGGAGUCCAUCCCGCUGCCCGCGCCCGAGACCAUCCCGCUGCCCGAGGAGCCCGCCCCGCUGGCGCUCAUCGCCUCGCCCGAGACCAUCCCGCUGCCCGAGGAGACCAUGAAGCCGCUCAAGCCCGCCAACAGGGACAGGGAGCCGCCCGACGCGCUAUCCUUCACCACACGGUUCAACUCCACCGGCCUGUUCUCGGGGAUAUUCAGCAACAUGGCGCACAAGUACAGGGCGCAGGCGGACGGCUGCAUCAACGAGAACAUACCGAGCAUGGCGCUCAUCAAGAACGCCAUAGACAGGACCACGAGCCUGGAGAGUAGUCUGUACGACAAGGAGGGCGCGGGGCAGGUGGACGAGCUGAGGAGCGUGCAGGAGAUACUCACCCGCGUCAACAACAUGGACUCCAACAACAGCGUGCUGCUGUCGGGGGUGCUGCGGGGCGCGGGGGCGGCGGGCGGCGCGCCGGGGGGCGGGGCCACCACCCUCAGGUACGGCGCGAGGGCCAACGACCCCCGACUACACCCGCCGCCCCAGGACAAGCCGAAACCUGUCAGGAGAAAGUUGUCUAUAUCGGAGUACCGGCUGCGCCACAAGUGUGUGGAGGGGGGCGAGUGGGUCGGCGCGGAGGGCGGGGAGGAGGAGGGCUCUCGGUCCUCCGCCUCGCUGUCACCUCAGAGGCUGGACGCAGCCGCGGCGCUGGCGGCCGACGAGCUGGAGCAGAGGCUGCACAGGGACCUGGCCGCGCACCAGCCGAAAGGCGUGUUCGACGCUCAGCCGACUGCCUCUGAACGACAGAGAGAGAACCUCAGCUCACGGCUCAGGAGAGAGUUCGGGCUCGCGCUGCCUGAGGAGGAACACCACGAACACGAUCCCUCCAAGCGGUGUGACAGGUAG